CAACAGACCGACCAGAUGGAGUGAAAACGUCAGAGGAAACAUAUCAAAAGGCCUGGGACAGUUACAAGUGAAAUAAAACUGCUGCAAAGACUGAACCUGCUGCUUUGCUCAGGCUGCGUGAUUCGAUCCCCGGCUCCUCCCGUCUGUCCACACGGUGAAGUGCACUUGAGCAAAAUAUUGAAUCCUAGAUUACUACUGAGGGCUUAUUCACAGUUUACCAUCUGGACGUGUGUAAAAUGGAAACGAGAAGUCAUCCAGCCUAAAGCUCAUCUGGCGUCCACUCUCUUACUUUCCCCCCUCCCUCUCUUCCUCACUUCUCUCCGCUCCUCUGCUGACUAACACUUCUUCUUCUUCUUCUUCUGCCACAACUGCUGCUUGUUCUGCUCUUUCUUCUUCAUCCUCUCGACCUCCCGCUCCUCCUCCUCCUCCUCCUCCUCCUCUUCGAGCCACCAUGGUGAACAGAUAACCGCCCGGCCAUCCCGACACCAUGGGUGCCUGCCUCUGCAAAGGUCACAAAGAGCUCCACUUCCCCAUGACGGUGCUGCAGGACCAGACUGAGGAGGGUCGGCCAUCCACUGUCAAGGACGGCCAGAAUCCCUCCAACGGCAACGUGCCAGAUAAAACCAGCCUCUACGACAUUGGCGAGCUCGCCACCUCGUCUUUGAUGGGUCUGGUGGCCACGAUAAAGGAGCAUAUCACCAAGCCGACAGCAAUGGCCCAGGGGCGAGUUGCUCACCUGAUUGAGUGGAAGGGGUGGGGUGGAGGCGGCGAGGCCGGGGGACGUGGGGGCGGCUGGAGCGGGGCCUGCGGUAAAGGAGGAGGCUGGGGGGGGAUGGGAGCCGAGCUGCAAGAGGAUGAACAAUUCUACUCCCAAAUGACGGAUGAGAUCAAGGAGGCUCGCUUUGCUGCAGGAGUGGCGGAGCAGUUCGCCCUCGCUGAGGCGUCCAUGGAUGUGUGGUCGAUGAACGACAACUUAGAGAAGCCCUCCACCAGUUUACAAGCACAGAGCCACUUCCUGUCUCAGUUCCUGCUGGACGGCGGAAGCGUCGGCAUCCCCCAGCACCUGUACAGCAUCCACGCCCAGACGUAUGGCGGCAACAACAGGGCGGCCAGCCUGGUCCCUGUGCCGCGGGUUGACUCCAUUUCCCCAACGUCAACCUAUCAGCAGGACAGAGAUCGUCCCUUAGAGGACAGAAGCACUGUGACUGCGGAGGCUGCUGUCCGACACGUAGACAGCAGCUCGCUAUCCGAGGAUGAUGUUUUUUAUAACUAGGUUUAAGGGCAAAACAAGCCAGCAAUCUUGAUGGCAAUCUCUUAAAACGAGCCUCACAGAGAGGACUUGAGUCUCAACCACCAGCUGUGACUGAUACAAAAAAUAAAUAACCACGGACAUCUGUGAGAUAUCUGGAGAAAACUCCUCAAAUGGCUUCGUGUGGAUGAGUUUAAGAGCCUGGUCGUCGGGUACAAAGACUCCAAAUAGUAUUUUCUCCUCGGUUGAGACGUGUACUUUUUGUGAAUGUAAAUAGUUCCACAGUUACAUUUUAAUUUUUUAUUCAAUGUACAUUUAACACUUUCAUAUUAUAUGUAGAACUCAACUGUGAACAGUCAAGCUGGUGUAAAUAUCUUGUUAUAAAACAUCAGUUUUAAUAUAUGUGCUGUAUAACGCUGUCCACUUCUAUUCUGAUCCCUUUAUCUUUCACAUGGACGGACUUCAACAGACGAAUCUGGUGAUGGAACAAAUCACCUGAAGUCCAACCUGCAGAGGAGAUAUCACCAAAGAAAUUGAAAUUGUGUCUCCUAUGAGAUCUCACAUCUGAGACUGUUAUGAAGAAAAGCGUUCAUCCAAUUAUCCGAGUCCCAGCCGUGAUUAGCUAUUAUUCACACUCUCUUGUCUGAGAGGGGAGCGGUGCAGAGAAAAGAUGAGUGCAUGAAAAACAGAACAUGGCGGCAACGCAUGUGGUCGGUGUGUAUUUCUGCAUGCAUGUCAGAACUGUGUGUGAGAGUCAGGGGUAGUUGGAGACUGGAGGUGUUAAUGUUACCUGUCAUGGUGUUCUUUUAGCACACGGCUUACACGGAGCAGAGCUGCAUUGUGCGGCGCACUGAGCCUGUUUAUCUGUUGUUAUCUCAGUGCGACUGUGAAUGGUGUUCAACGGAUGUGGAUAAAACAGAACAAAAGGCUGUGCACAGCUGGAACGAUGGCAGCCGUCAUAACAACAAAAACCCAACUGACUUGAGGUGUAAUUAGUUUCCUCAGUGUCUGACAGUGAACUGGACAGUUUCCCUCCGACGAGCUGUAAGUGAUUGUAGUGUUGUGUCUCGGUUCGUCUAUAGGUUUAUGGAUUAGAGAAAUACUGUAGGUGCAUAGAAGCAAAAUGAUUGGUUCAUCAAAAUCAAUAUUGACUGAAGAGUCUAGAAACAACAGGAAACCAGCAACUGCACACAAUUAUGUUUUUAGUAGACUUUUAAUUUCCUUAGAAAAUGAUCUGCACACACUUAAAUUGUCUUCGAUUAAAUUGUCUCCUGAAAGAUUUCCUUCAAGACUAAUUCCAGUUUAAAACUUGGCUUUUAUUCUUGUGAGUCUGCCCUCGUGUUGUCACAGCGUACAGAGAUCUCAGCUAUUACUUGAGUACAAUGUUUUUUAUAAUCGACAGAAAUGAAAUGAAUGAAAACAAGAUCUUUUAAAAUUUCUCCAAUGAACCAACAAUCAAGGUCAGAGGACGGCAAACCUUUAUUUUUAAUUGAUGGACAGGAUGUGUCAAACUGUUUUUUUUAGACAAAGAAAACCAUGUGGAAAUUUAAUUUCAUCUGUGAUUUAUUUUCUUUUGGCAGGUUCAUCGAACGACACAAGUUACUCUUUUAAAAAAGAAUAUUUAUUUUUGAUUUGUGAUGUUUAUUUAUGAUGAACAAUUUUAUAAUAAUGUGGACUGCAAUCAAGAUUUAAUUAAGAUGCACAGGAACCUCGUUACCAUGGCAACUCUUGCCAUAUUCCUGAUGUGGCUGUGAGAAAUCACCCAGCACCUUAUGGUGUGUUAAGUUGUGUGCUCUAUGUGUAAAAUGUUUGUGUAUAUUCUUCUGUUUGUAGGAAAAUAGUGCAGAGAAGUGCAUUAUGGUGCGCCACAGUGUCUUUUCUCAACGCUGCCACCAGGGGGUGCCAAAGUCAGGAAUGUUCAAAUUCAACACAGCAGCUUUAAUGUACGACUCCGUUCACCUUUAAAUACAAUUGUAGGCUGAAAUGCUGCAGUUGAGGAAGGCGCCACCCGACCAGCAUCACCACAAGAUGCCGAUGCCAAAAACAGGAUGUAGGUGUGAUGGAUAUCGCAAGGAAGUCUCAGCUGUCAACAACAUUAUCUUCAUAGUUCAUUCGAUUUGUACAGACAUGAAUGGAAACAUGUUUCUGCAUGGAAGGUAAAAAGUCAAUCUCAAACUUACUAUAUUAUUACUCAUUGUAGUUAAGCCUGCUGAAUUGUCCCGUUUAUCAACACAGGCAGCAGCUGGAGCAACAGCUGUCCCUGUGACACACGGCUCUCUGAGGCAAUUAUAUGUUUAAAACCCUUAAUGCGCCAUCGCUAUAAUUUGUUUCAAAGAGUCACAGCUGAACACAAAGCCAUGUUUUCAGAUUCAAUGUGACUUACACUCCUCAAAUAUAUCAUUCUCUCAGAUUUCCCUCACAAAUAAACAUUCGCAAAUCUGCUCAGAAGUCACGGAAAACAUAUUUGUAUCUCCUGAGCUUCUUCAGUAUCAAAACAACAGAUGUCUGUACAUUCAUGCGCACAUUGCAAACAGGAACUAAUGGCUAAUUCGACUUUAAAUGGAGCCAAUUUACCAAAAUGUAAACAAAUACAGGCUUAAAAAAUGGGACAGAAGUUGUCUGACAUCACACUUUCUGUUUACAUCCCCUAAAGUCUGCAGUUCCAAAACUUGGACCAUGAUUACUGUGUCUCCCAAAGAAUAAUAAGUGUUAGAAAAUCCAUUAAUAUAAACAUUAUCCAUGUUUCCCUGUCAAUAUUUUAUUUAACAUUUCCAGAUAAUUACAAAGUGUGCUUUAGCAGUAAACGCACACCAGCAGGUUUUUAUUGUGUUAAUUGGUAAACAGACAAUUUCACAGGCUUUUGUUUUCAUCCUCACUGGAGAUCAUUGUGGAGACACAGUUAAUGUUGCUUUGUCACUGAUUGAGGCCGUGUACUUUCUCCUCAGUUACGUGUUCCUGCUAAUUACAAUAAAAAAAAUAAAAAAAGGCAAGACAAUAAGCUCUGAUAAAUGAUUAUUACAAGAGC